CAGGGCGAGUCGCUAGGCACAAUAACUGCAGGGGUCCAAGGGGGCAAAGGGCUUGUUGCGGCAGGUGCUCAGAACGUUCAUUCAGUCAGGGAGCGUGUGGUCAGAGAAUCCCCCUAUGUGGCAGGGCCAGCGAAUGAAUGGAGUGGUGAUAUGAAUGACGAGAGGGCUAGAGGGGUCCCAGACAGGGCCGGGGGCAGUACUUCUACCCCGAUUGGGGGCGGCAGUCAAGGGGGACACACGGCUGGCCUGGAUACUCCCCUCUCGUUUGUUUCUCCCCCACAGGACAUGGUGCCUACACCGCAGAGGACAGAGGGCCCGGGUACAACGGGAGUAGGACUAUCUGUACAGCCAGCAGGCGGAUCAGUGGCAGCUGCACCAGGAACAUCUACCCCGUCAACAUCGGCAGUUGGUGUGGCUACAGGUCCUUCUCGUAUCUGGAUAAUAGGGCACUCCUACGUGCACUGGGCGGCACUGAAGGCCCAUUCUCUUCCUGAGGGGCAGCAGUUGGGGAUUCCGACGUCUCAGGCAUCAAUACGGUGGUUGGGCCGUAGAGGCUUACAGUGGGAUGGUUUGCCUGCCCUCCUCCAGAAUGCCAGACAUCGAUGGGGACAGCCCCACAUCAUCCUCCUUCACAUGGGGGGAAACGAUAUAGGGAGUGCACCUGCUCUAGAUCUCAUCAAUGCGAUGAGGUCGGAUGUCAAGUGGAUCUGUACCACGUUUCCGGGGGUUAGGCUGGCCUGGUCCAACAUAAUCCCCCGGCUGCGUUGGAGAUAUUUCCCCACACCGAGGAUAGCAUAUAGGGUUAGGAAAAAAGUUAACAGGGAGCUGGGUAGAGCAGUAAUAGAGGUAGGGGGUUUUGUGGUCCGCCAUGAACUGAUCUCAGCGGACAAAAAAGGGCUGUAUCGCCCGGACGGGGUGCACCUGUCCGACGAAGGGCUGGCGAUCUUCCUGGUGGACCUCAAAACGGCUCUGGUUAGUAAUAUUUAG